UCUGAAACCCGCAGGUGCUGCAGUCCAACCAUGCGCCUCAGCCAGUCGCUCCUCCUGCUGUGCAUCCUGCUGCGGAGCUGCCAGGCCUUCAACAACGACGCCACGGAGCUGCUGUUCCCGCACGGGAGCGUGCAGGGGCCCGAGCAGGGGCCCGAGCCGCAGAGCAACGUGUCCCUGAACCGAGCGCGCUCCGGCGGGAGGGGAGUUGGCCCAGCGGGCCCCGGGGGCCCCGACAGAGCCGAGCGGAGUCAAAUCGGAUGCAGAGAGCUGAGGUCCACUAAGUACAUCUCCGACGGCCACUGCACCAGCAUCAACCCCAUCAAGGAGCUGGUGUGCGCGGGCGAGUGUCUCCCAGCACAUAUGCUGGAAAACUGGAUCGGCGGGACCCGGGGCAGGAAGUUCUGGGCUCGCAGGAGCAGCAACCACGACUGGCGCUGCGUCAACGACAAGACUCGCACCCAGCGCAUCCAGCUGCAGUGCCAGGAUGGCAGCACGAGAACGUACAAAAUCACCGUGGUCACCUCCUGCAAGUGCAAGAGGUACUCGAGGCAGCACAACGAAUCGGGCAACAAGUUGGAGGAGUCGGCCGCGUUGGCCCCGCAGCUCCUGCACAAACACAAAUCGAAGAGCAAUAGGAGGUCGGGCAACAGCCGGAUCACUGAGAACUGGCACGAGACUGAACCCUGAGAGCUGGAAGAUGUGCGGACUGAGUCUAAACCCUCUGGAUUUAUGUAUCUAUGACAUCCAGAGGUUGCAGUUGUGGAUUAUCUCUCUGACUGGGACUUGAUUUACGAGACGCUGGUUCCGCACUGUAACCUAGACUCCAAAGGGCACACUAAGGACUCUGUUUGGCAUUCAAAUCCAUGUGGUUUAAUAUAAUGUGAAAUUGACUGUGGUGUACAGUCUGAAGGGCUCGAGGAAGCCAACGUGCAUCAUCCAAGCUGUAGGGCUGUGCAUGCAUUCAUACAUUCUUUUUUACAUGCUGAUGCAAAUCUGCAGCCAACACCAGUAAAAGACACCAAACUCCCCCAAAAAACAAAGAAAAAAAACAACCAAAACAUAUGUAAAUACUUGUGUGUGUGUGUGUAUGUGUAUAUAUAUAUAUAUAUUGAAUUCUUACUUGUGUUUCGAAGCAUGGCCUUGUGUAUAAGAUUUUACCAUGUAAGAUUUAUUAUGUAUGAUGUAAUAUAUUUUCUGUGACAACAAUACUGAUAAACUUUCCUGCAUUUGGAUUUUCAGCAUUCGGGUGAAGUCUGGAAAAGCUUUGUCUGUAUUCGUAGCAGUUUAGUAUGAAA